UUCACAGGGGACAAGGAAGAAUCGGAACUGUGUAUCGUCCUUCUUGGCAAGGCCGGCGUGGGAAAAAGUGCCACAGGGAACACCCUCCUCAGACGGGAGAGAUUUCGCUCGGCUUUUUCUGCAAAGCCAAUAACUCAGAAGGUCGAGAAGGAGAGUGGGGAUUUUAAUGGCCAGAGGUUUUCUGUGAUUGACACGCCCGCUGUCUCUAGUUCAGAAUCUUUUGCAAAACACAAGCGAGAGAUCAAAAACCUCUGCAAGUCCAGUCCUUACGUUCUGGUCUUUGUGAUCACCGUGGGCCGUUUCACUCUGGAAGACAAGAAAACUGCUGAAAAUGUUGAGAAGGUGUUUGGGAAGAAGAAGUUCAGGAAGCGCAUGGUUGUCUUGUUCACCCACAAAGAGGAUUUGAAAGGUGAAUCCUUGGAGGACUAUGUGGAGAAGUCCGAAAACAAGGCGCUCCUGAAACUGGUUAAGGAUUGUAGGAAUCGCUGCUUUGCUUUGAAUAACAAGGCAGCUGGAGAAGAGAAGGAGGAGGUCUCCAGGCUGAUGGAAAAUCUCCAGCAGAUGCUUCACGAGGAUGGAUCAGGGCCCUGCACAGAUAAAGGGAAAGAGGGGGAAAGGAAAAAGAAAAAGAAUUGAAGGCUGCUCUUAUAUCAUCUAGUUUAUAAUGUUUCGUUUCUUUCUUUCUAAAAUAUGUGGGGCUUGCUUUGUGCCUAAUCUGGAAGUUGCAAUGAGUGCAGGAUUCCACCAUUGUUGACAGCAGCGGGUGCUUGUCAGCCUAGGACGCCUGGUCUCAGAGACCUGCCCUGGCUCCCGAUUUGCCGCCAGGCCAAGUUCAAGGUUUCGCUCUCAGGAUAUGAACCCCUUAACAGUUUGGGAGCAGUUUAGCCCUGAGAUCGCCUGACCCCACAUGUGGUCUCUGGACGGCUUUGAUUGGCAGAAUGGGCACAGUUCCAGGUGCCACCUAAUAUCUCUUCUGCAUUAAUAAGAAAUCGUUCUUUUGGGGUGGCGGCACCAAGACUCCCUGCCUAUUGACAUCAGGCAGGCAAUUUUGCUAACUUUUUCCCCCCGCCUGUGAAAAACAUUUUUGUUUAGACAAGGCUACUCACAUAUUUAGAAUGCUGAUACGUUUGUAGUUUGCCGCUGGUUUUAAUUUGUGGGUGUUUUCAUUGUUAUUAAUCAUAAUCCUGUUGUUUUAUUAUUUUUCAAAGCGCUUUGAGGUUUUUUUACAAUAAAGAGGUAAAGGAAUUUUAUGAAAAUAAUAGCAUAACUGUCCGCAGUUUCCAAAACCCCACAUGGGAAUGGAUACAUCGAUCCACUUCACUUCUCUCAGUUUCUCAUUUUCCCCGUCUUAAACGGGAAAUGCUUUAUUUUUAUUUUUGAACCAUUAUGAAAGUUUAGCUGUACUUUUGUGUCAAUUUUCCCUAACAAACACCUUUGUAAAUUACAAACAUUCUUUGCAAGACAUUGUUCCUAAUAAAAUGCAUCUUUGUAUGUCAUUUUCACAGUUAUAUGCAUUCUUGCGAACUCCGGCUGCAGAACUGCGUCACAAACAAAGCGAGGAUUUCAGAGAUUGGCUGUGUUUCAUUUUGCUUUGGAAAGUGGAAAUUUAUUAUUUCCACCUUUCAAUGGAAGCUGGGUCAAACAGCCACUGACCUUUUGGGACCGGGGGUACAUUUUGAAUUAGGAGAGAGCAUGGUGGGAGGCGGUAGUCAUAAAAUUGCUGGCAGGGGUGUGGGGCAGAGCACAAUGGGGCUGCCAUGGGGAGGGCAAGUCAGAACACAAAGUUGGAGAGUGUCCUGUCAUUGCUGCUUCAGUCUCUCUCCCCACCGCCCCCCAAUCUUAUGCUUGCCCUGGGAAGCCUGUAGAGGAAAACAAUAGAAUGGGGAAAACCAGAGAUCUGUUCAAGAAAAUUGGAGAUAUGAAAGGAACAUUUCGUACAAAGAUUACCAUAAUCAAGGACAAAAGUGGUAAGGACCUAACAGAAGCAGAAGACAUCAAGAAGAGGUGGCAAGAAUACACAGAGGAAUUAUACCAGAAAGACAUGGAGGUUUGGUACACCCCAGGUAGUGUGGUUGCUGACCUUGAGCCAGACAUCUUGGAGAGUGAAGUCAAAUGGGCCUUAGAAAGCACUGCUAAUAACAAGGCCAGUGGAAGUGAUGAUAUUCCAGCUGAACUAUUUAAAAUUUUAAAAGAUGAUGCUGUUAAGGUGCUACACCCAAUAUGCCAGCAAGUUUGGAAAACUCAGCAAUGGCCAGAGGAUUGGAGAAGAUCAGUCUACAUCCCAAUUCCAAAGAAGGGUAGUGCCAAAGAAUGCUCCAACUACCGCACAAUUGCGCUCAUUUCACACGCUAGCAAGGUUAUGCUUAAAAUUCUACAAGGCAGGCUUAGGCAGUAUGUGGACCGAGAACUCCCAGAAGUGCAAGCUGGAUUUUGAAAGGGCAGAGGAACCAGAGACCAAAUAGCAAACAUGCGCUGGAUUAUGGAGAAAGCUAGAGAGUUCCAGAAAAACGUCUACUUCUGCUUCAUUGACUAUGCAAAAGCCUUUGAC